AUGCCUAGGGAAAUGAGAACAGAAACACUGGAUGAUGCCAGAUUGAUUCGCGUCUCCUGUCCAGAGAAGGCCAAGGAAAGGGAUCUUGCUGGGAUCUUCAUGGAUUCGCUUGCUGCAGCAUACACAAGGUUUGGGUUUAAUCUUUUCCAAAAGCUGAAUAAGACAAAAGAUGGCAACAUCUUCUUUUCCCCCGUGGGCAUUUCAGCUGCCAUCGGCAUGCUCGUCUUCGGGACCCAAGGAGCCACCCCGGCCCAGUUACGGAAGAUGCUCUCUUCUGAAAAAGAGGCAGGGAACUCAAGAAUCAAAGCCGAAGAAAAAAAGAUUGAGAAGACAGAAGAGAUACAUCACCAAUUCCAAGAGUUUUUGAGUGAGAUAGGCAAAUCCACUAAUGGUUAUGAACUAAGAAUAGCCAACAGGCUCUUUGGAGAAAAGACAUACCUCUUCCUUCAAAAAUACUUAGAUUAUGUGGAAAAAUAUUACCACGCUUCUCUGGAACCUGUUGACUUUGUAAAUGCAGCAGACGAAAGUCGAAAGAAGAUUAAUUCCUGGGUUGAAAGCCAAACAAAGGAAAAAAUCAAGGACCUGUUUCCAGAUGGUUCUCUAGACAGCUUCACCAAGCUGGCGCUGGUGAACACAGUUUAUUUUAAAGGGCAAUGGGACAGGGAGUUUAAGAAAGAAAAUACCAAAGAGGAAGAGUUUUGGCUGAAUAAGAGUGUGAGCAAAUGUGUGCCAAUGAUGACACAGACCUGUACCUACAGCUUCACUUUCCUGGAGGACUUACAAGCCAAGAUUCUGGGAAUUCCGUAUAGAAACAAUGACCUAAGCCUGUGUGUGUUGCUGCCCAAUGACACAGAUGGCCUGGAGAAGAUUAUAGAUCAAAUAACUCCAGAAAAUUUAGUAGAGUGGACUAACCCGGGGCAUAUGGAAGAAAGGAACGUGGCCUUGCACUUACCGCGGUUUGAAGUGGAAGAUGGGUACGAUCUGGAGGCCCUGGAGGCCGUCUUGGCAGCCAUGGGGCCGGCAGACGCUUUCAGCGAGUACAGAACGGACUCUCUGGGGCUGUCCUCACACUCCGGGCUGCAGGCGAAGAAGUUCCUGCACAGGGCCUUUGUGGCGGUCACCGAGGAAGGGACUGAGGCCGCAGCAGGCACCGGUGUGGGCUUUGCUCUCACACUGGCGCCGGGUUAUGAACAUUUUCAUUGCAAUCACCCUUUCCUGUUCUUCGUCAGGCACAAUGAGUCCAACAGCAUCCUCUUCUUCGGUAGAUUCUCUUCUCCUUAG